GUUACACUCAAAUCCGGAGCCUCAGCUUCUGAGCUAGAGAAGGCGAAGAAGCAAGUCACAGACCAAGGCGGGAAAAUUACGAAUGAGUUCACCCUGAUUAAGGGAUUCACUGCCGAGUUCCCCGCCGACAGACUCCACACGCUCGAGACCAACGACCAUUUGACUGUUGAGCCAGACUCUGAAGUAAACACACAAUAGAUGGGAGAUAUCAAAUAGAGAGUGCACAGGGAAGCGGAACAUGGAGUAGAUACUUGCAUCAAGCAUGGCAUCAAGCGAUGGUGUUGGAAGGGCAAUUCUUGAUAUGAUUCAAUGAUAUCUUGAUCCCUUCAAUUGACUCGAGCUCCUUGUGCUGCAACUAUUGCAUGCCAGCACCCAAGACGGGAAAUAACAUAUGCCUAGCCCAAGGUAUCCUUUCAACAUACUUUGGAAGGUUAGCGACUAGGUUGACCGUAGUCUAAUGCUGUGAAAAGCAAUGCACAAGCAGUGUUAUGUAACUCUUCUGAUAUCCGUUACCGUCUUAGGUAAGCAGAGUAUACAAG